GGCCCGCACUUCCCUAACCUUCGAACCCCGCAGAUGCCGGUGGCCGUGGGUCCCUAUGGACAGUCCCAGCCAAGCUGCUUCGACCGCGUGAAGAUGGGCUUCUUGAUGGGUUGCGCUAUGGGCAUGGCGGCGGGGGCGCUCUUCGGCACCUUUUCCUGUCUCAGGAUCGGAAUGCGGGGUCGGGAGCUGAUGGGCGGCAUCGGAAAAACCAUGAUGCAGAGUGGCGGCAUCUUUGGCACAUUCAUGGCCAUUGGGAUGGGCAUCCGAUGCUAAUUAGGGCAGUGGUUGCCCACAACAUGCACCCCCUCCCGUCAGUUCCAUCCCAUGUGUACUAUAAUAAAGCAAGUCUUUGAGUAAAAAAAAAAAAAAAA